AUGAUUGCUACUUCUACUGUCUCCUAUAGAUUUAAUAUAAACAGGGAUUAUUCUUAUGUGUUGCCGGCUAGAAGAGGUAUUAGGCAAUGGGACCCUAUAUCCCCCUUGUUAUUUGUUAUUAUGAUGAGGUGUAUGAAUAUAAUUAUGGUUAAGAUACAUAAGGACCCAAACUUCAAUCACCAUGCCAAGUGUGAGAAGUUAGCCCUCACACAUCCAACCUUUGUUGAUGAUGUCUUGCUUUUCAGCAGAGGGGACCAAAAAUCUAUGGAAAUGAUAAAUGGAGCUUUCAAGAAGUUUUAUGAAUCCACAUGGCUUAUUGUUAACCCCAGUAAAUGCAAGAUUUAUUAUGGUGGAGUGGAUAAUACUACAAAGGAAGCUCUGUUAAAUGUUAUUGGAUUUGAAGAAGGUCAAUUACCUGUGAGAUACCUCGGUUUGCCUCUGUCUUGA